AUGUCGGCGGGGCCGACCUCGUUGAACGUGGAUCCCUCUCCGCCAUCCCAUGCGCACACUCAUAGUCACAGCCGAAGUCGCGGUCAUACGCGUUCCCCCCGAUGGGUGCCGCCACCUCUCUCACUGGCCCCCGAAAGCCAACCGCAGCCGUUGAGUAAUGGGACCGCAGGGUACUCAAAUGGGGAGACAUCACAGGGGUCAUGGUCUCAACAUCAGCAUGCUUCUGGGCACCAUCACCACCAUCAUACCCACAGCAUAUCAUCGGUUCCCGGCGUGGAUAGCAAAGCGCUAUCAGGUCAUGAUCCCAAGGGUGUUAAUGGUGGCGGCAUGAUUUCUCCGGAAACGCCGAUUCAUACCUCUGACUCUACUCAGGACGUUGUCCAUGAAGUAGUUACUGGAGCUCUCAUCGCAUUGCCAUGGGUCGCGCUGUCUUGGUACUCCAGAAAGUACGCGCGCACAUUUGAGGUACCCAGAAAAGAACCCUCGGCUACCGAGAAUGUGCUUCCUGUCAGCAUGAUUGGCCAAGUUGGCCAGAAGACCUGCGCAAUGACAGCUAUCACCCUGCUCGUCUUUGGUUGCGGCCAGCUACUACGAAUGAAACGGGAGAAAGGCGGCUCUCACGGCAUUUCUUCUGUCCGAUCAACAGCGAUCAAUGUGAAAACCGCACAAGCGGCGUUUCUCUUGAUAUGCUCGGUUGGACUGCCAGUGUAUGCCGCCCUUAAGAUAGGAGGAUUCCUUGUUGCGUUUGCCCUGCUUCUCGCCACGGCAACUGGUAUACCGAACCUAGUUCGUGGUAACUCGCCCAACACGUCACAGGAGCGCUUCAAUCGAAAGAUUUUGACCCUUGCAUUGCUAGCGGGGGCUAUGCUACUGAGUUUCUUUGGAUUGAACCAACCGUGGGGCUCGUACCCAUUCAUGGGCUAUGCGGCGUUGUUGGUGUCGAUCUUGGUCAUCUCACCUCCAUUCCCAUCUCUGCAACACCAGGGACCCAUUUCGGAGCCCGGACUUGUUGCCCGAUCCCUCACUGCACAGGCCAAACCACCCGGCUUAAAUGCCUCGGCACUAGUUGUCACGGCUGAUGCCCCAUUAGCCGCUAUUUCUGGAGCCGUUCUGGCGCUCCUGCUCGCACUAUUCUCCCAAAUAUUUUCAUUUGAGGUGAUGCCUUUCGUUGGUCUCUUGAUCCCUGCCAGUCUCUUUGCCGCUUCAUUGGCGUUUUCUCUUCCUGCACGUCUUCGGUCUCCCAGCAAAGCUGGUUUGGCCAUCUGCACCGGAGCCGCUGCUCUUGCUUGUUCUCCCCACUUCAGGGAUGAUUAUUUUAUGGUCUAUGUCGCGCGCAUCAUUCUAAGUACCGUAUCUUUCUUCACCUCGAGGAUGGAUGACAGCCACUUGCGUUUAGAUGCACAUUCACACAACCAUACGCACCAUCGUCAUCCCAGUCAGUCUCAUGGAAUCGCGGAGUCCUGGCGAUUGACGAAAUGGAUCGUCAAUCGAAGCGAGCCAUACCCCUUGCUAUACAGUAUCCUUAAGGAAAAGGAUUCUCGCAGUAUCUUUUUCUUUAUGUGUUUAAACUUUGCUUUUAUGCUUGUGCAGUUGGCGUACGGCAUCCUAACCGGAUCUCUGGGGCUGCUGAGUGACAGUAUUCACAUGUUCUUUGAUUGUUUGGCGCUUAUCGUUGGACUCUGUGCCGCUGUGAUGAGUAAAUGGCCGCCCAAUGCUCGAUUCCCCUACGGAUAUGGCAAGGUCGAUACUCUAUCUGGAUUUGCCAAUGGCAUUUUCCUUAUGAUCAUCAGCCUGGAGAUCAUCUACGAGGCAGUGGAGCGGCUGUCGACGGGUAGCCAAAUGCAUCGCAUCAGUGAACUCUUGGCUGUCAGUAUUGCCGGGCUGGCUGUGAACCUGGUCGGUAUCUUUAGUUUCGAGCACGGACAUGCCCACCAUGGACAUGACCACGGCCACGAUCACUCGCACGGCAACGAAAACAUGCAUGGAAUUUUCCUGCAUAUUCUAGCAGACACCCUUGGCUCUGUAGCUGUGGUGAUUUCGACCGUUCUCGUGCACUACUCUGGCUGGUCCGGAUAUGAUCCAUUGGCCUCGUGCUUCAUUGCGAUAUUGAUAUUUGCCUCGGCUGUACCUUUGGUCAGCAGCACAGCUCAAACCUUGCUGCUUACGCUGCCAGCGGAUACCGAGUACAAUGUUCGUGAAACCCUGGCUGGGAACCAAAAAGUGCUUGGUGUGAUCCAUGUCAUUGCUUCUCGCGGUGCGGAUCUAGAAGAUGUACGCCAACGGACCGUCAAUUUCCUCCAGGAAAAGAAUAUGGACAUCGUGGUACAGGUAGAGCGUGACGGAGAUGGACGCUGCUGGUGCGGUGGAGGCAACAAAGGCAUUUGA